AUGUCGGAAUACUAUAUCUUUGAAUCGAACUGGUCAUGGUAUAAUGAUUCAACGUAUUACUGGGACAUAUCUGAUCAUGGAUGUCGUCUAGUUGACAGGAUGAUUGAAGACAUUAUCAGCGUUAUAUUAUGCUGUUGUGGUAUUCCUGGGAACAUAGCUGUGAUAUUUGUGGUGUUACGUGUUCCAUCAAUGCGAAGUGGGACAAACGUUCUGUUGGUCAAUCUAGCAAUUGGUGAUCUUCUUUGCCUUGUUCCCAACACUGUGUUUUAUCUCUGGCGUAUCGUGGAUCAUACCAUAGAGGCAGAAGUUACAGGCUUCAUUAUAGUUCUGAUAUCAAUCAUUGGUAUAUACGUGUCUUUAAAUACAUUGCUAAUGGUUAGUAUAGAUCGAUACUUGGCUGUCUGCAAGAUUUUACUACAUAAGGCUAAGUCUGUAAAACGAAGACGCAACAUAGUUAUAUCACUAACUUCGAUUUGGACGUUAGCGUUACUGUUGACAUUUCCGCAUUUGAACUACGUUACAGGCGUUUUUGGAAUAGACAUGCAUAUGGUGUCGACGUAUUCGUAUGUUAUAGAUUUCUUGUUAGUCUGUAUAGUCAUGUGUGUUCUUUACUCGAGGAUUAUAUUCAGUCUCAAAAAGACAAGACGACUGGGAAGUAUGUGGGCUAGAGCGUCUGCUAAGAGAGAAAAUCGCGUUGUUAGACUUUGCCUCGUUACAGCAGCAGUGUCUAUUCUAUGUAUGUUACCGUGGCUAAUGACAGGUAUUUUACAACUGUUGGUGCUGUACUAUAAACUUAUGCCGUUUCCAGAGUGGAUGUACUGCUUAGGAACUGUCAGUAAUUAUUUUGUUCAGACCAAUUCUUGCAUUAACCCUUACAUCUACAAUGUGUUGAGUACUACAACUGUAGUGAGUGUGGUCAUUAAUGUAUUUUCCGAAACCCACUCACUGUUAAUUACAUUGCUUUUCCCAUGUUCAUUUCCGAACAAAAUUACCACGAACAUUAUGGUUAAUUUUAUUAAAAUUCCUUUCUAUGCUCCUGGUUAUCCCGGGGUCGUGGAAGAUGUUAUUAGCAUUAUAUUGUGUUGUUGCGGUAUUCCUGGCAAUCUGAUUGUUAUAUUCGUGGUAUUGCGACUGCCUUCGAUGAAAAGCGUUACAAACGUUCUGCUGGUUAAUCUCGCUAUCGCAGAUCUUCUUUGCCUUGUUCCCAACGCUGUAUAUUAUCUCUGGCGUAUCUUAGAACCAUCUAUCAUCGGGGAAACGGCAGGACUGGUGGUUGUUCUUUUGUCGAUCGUUGGCAUUUAUGUAUCGUUGAAUACUUUAGUUGUUAUAAGCGUUGAGCGUUACCUGGCUGUUUGUAAAACUCUAUAUCAUAAGGCCAGAUUUGUCAGUAGAAAGCGCAAUAUGGUGAUAGCUAUAAUAUCAAUUUGGACUUUAGCGUUGAUUUUGUCUUUUCCAAAUCUAAAUUACGUCAUCUCAAUCACUGAUAUGGAUAUGCAUAUGUUGUCGACGUAUUUCUAUGUCCUGGAUUUCCUGUUCGUCUGUAUCGUUAUGAGUAUCCUGUACGCUAGAAUAAUACUAACUCUUAAGAAUACUAAACGACUAGGAAGCAUGAGAGCCAGGGCUUCUGCAACACGAGAGAAACGUGUCGUCACUUUAUGCCUUGCUACGGCCAGUAUUUCAAUUGUAUGUAUGUUGCCAUGGAUAUCUACAGGAAUUAUACAACUUAUGGUGUUAUAUUAUGAAAUCAUUUCUUGGCCAACAUGGAUGUACUGUUUAGGUACCAUCAGUAAUUACUUCGUUCAAGCCAAUUCUUGUAUCAACCCAUACAUCUAUAAUAUGCUAAGUAGUAAGUACCGACGUGCCUUCAGAGAAGUAUUCUGCUGCAUUGAAAAAGCAAAAAUACGUCGAUCUAGUUAUUUUGAGAAACACAACCCAAUGACCACCGAGUGCACCGUCUCCGAGUCCAAAGUGAACAGAGAUUAUGCAGUGAACUCCGAAAAUAUUGGUGUGGACAGUUUUGAGUUACAGCUUAGCAGAUCUGUUUGGGGGAAUGACAAAAGUUCUUGUUAG